GCGCAGUUUCUGCACAUCGAGUCAUUUUCAUACAUGGGGAAUAUGAGAGCGGCGAAGAUAUGGGAAAUAGCAGCAACGUGGGGGGCAUUAAAUAAAAUAAUUAAGCGGUUAUGAAGCAAUAGGAGGACGCUAAUGUAAUCCUGUAACUGUUAUCUGUGCGAGAGACGAGAAAACGUGUUUGGUCGUGUUGGGUUUUUGGUGUUAUUUGGCGUUGAGUGAGACAAGGCGCCUCCCUGUAGCUGGGUUUUUUUCGGUUUGGCUUCAGCUGCAGUGACCGAAGCUACACAGAAAUGGCUCAAAGCUAAGCAGCAGCCACACACUCAUUAUUCACACUCAUCUGUAUCUAUGCAAGCGGAAAUGUCACGUCCACAAAUAACAAAUAAUCUCACAACCGUUUCUCCAUAAAAAAGUGCCGAAAAAUUACAGGGUUUGUGAUAUUAGAAAAAGUGCAGGUCACAUGGAGCGAGCAGGAAGCAUUCAGCUGGACAUCCCUGACUUCAGCAACUCUGUCUUGUCCCACUUGAACCAACUGCGUAUGCAGGGCCGGCUAUGUGACAUCGUCGUGAACGUACAGGGCCAGAGUUUUCGUGCCCACAAAGUGGUCCUUGCUGCCAGUUCACCCUAUUUCCGGGACCACAUGGCACUGAGUGAGAUGAGCACUGUGUCCCUGUCAGUGAUCCGCAACCCGUCUGUGUUUGAGCAGCUCCUCUCCUUCUGCUACACAGGCCGUCUGUGCUUGCAGUUGGCCGAUAUCAUCAGCUACCUGACAGCAGCCAGCUUCCUGCAGAUGCAGCACAUCAUUGACCGCUGCACACAAAUAUUGGAGGGCAUCCACUUCAAGAUCAGCCUUGCUGAUGUGGAGGAAGAGCUGCGUGGCCGUCGGAGCACAGGACGAACCAUUGAGGCUGAGAGAGGUGGCUCACGUUCACUCAGUCCCAGACAUGGUGGUUCAAGAGUUUUGGCUACGCAUGGAGUUGCUACCGGGGUCAUGGAAGUGAGCGAGAUCAGAGAGGUCAGUCCACCUGGAGAAUCCAUGAGUCCACAGAUUGUCGAGCACAGCGGGCUCGGGCCUGAAGCCGUGGGUGCAGUGAACGAGCCCAUACUGCGCAUUAAUCGGGCAGGGCAAUGGUAUGUUGAGGCUGGGCCUGACAUCGAUAGAAGCAGGGAUGAGACCAUGCAUGUUGUGGAAGGUCUACGCAUCAAGACCGAACGCAUGGAGGAGUGGAUGGGGGCAGAGACUCAAGCCUCAGCUGAGGAAGGGAGCGGGACAGAGGAGGGGCCUACAGUGAUGAUUGACACCUCGGGACGCAGCACAUUGGUGCAGGAGGGAUUCAUUACUGGUGCAUCCAGAGCCAAAAGCUCUCAGCCAUCCAGCAGCUUCAGCGAAUCUGAAAGGUUUAGCCCAACUGGCAGUGUGGUGGUCAUGGCUGAAAGACAGAGGGCCAAAAGCGAGUCUCCGGGAAGAGUGGACGAUCAGAGGCAUCCUACCUCUCAGGCAGAGGAAACAGCUGUGUUUGAUGUGGGAGGGUACGAGGAGUAUCUGCGUGAGCAGGUGGGUGAUCGCUGGUUCCGCUACAAUCCACGCCUCACCUGUAUCUACUGCUGCAAGUCUUUUAACCAGAAGGGCAGCCUCGAUCGUCACAUGCGGCUUCACAUGGGCAUCACGCCAUUCGUGUGCCGCAUGUGUGGAAAGAAGUACACGCGCAAGGACCAGCUGGAGUACCACAUCCGCAAGCACACGGGAAACAAGCCCUUCCACUGUCAUGUCUGCGGCAAGAGCUUCCCCUUCCAGGCUAUCCUCAACCAGCAUUUCCGCAAGAACCAUCCAGGCUGCACGCCACACGAGGGCUCGCACAGCGCCUCACCUGAAACCACCACCAACAACAAUAACGUCAACAAUACAAACGCCAACGCUGCCACACCACGCCGCACUCAGCAUGAUGACGACGACGAGUCUGAGGGAAACGGCACAGGAGCCAGGGGAGGAGCUUCAUCUUUUGGAGAGGGAAUACAACCGUCAGUCUCCACCACCGGGCCCGAUUGAAGAGAUUGGGUUUGAUAAAAUGCAUGGAGGUCGAGGAGAUAAAAACAUUUGGGGCUUUUUGCGAAAAAGAAGAAAACAAAAAAAGAACUUUUCUACAAGCCAGUCAACCAUGAGCAUGCAGGAGCUGAUGGAGCUCGGUGUAUCCGGCUGCUGGAAAAGCUGCUGUCAGUCUGAUGUUAAAAAGUAUGGUGAUAUUUUAUCUUUAUUUCUUAGACCUUCUCUCAACUGUAAGUAAACAAAGAAACAUGAGACAACAAAACAAAUGCUAAGACCGUUUGCUAUAAAACUAAACUAUAGUAAUUAGGUAUUUAUAAAUACAAAAAAAUAACAUGCGCUUUAAACCGCAUCUACCUUCAAUUGCACAAACUGAACCGUUACUUCAACAAAUGAAGACAAGCCACACUCCAACAACCUCACACCACUGGAUGCAGUUAUUUCUGUUGGGUUUUUUCUUUUAAUUUGCCUUUCCUGUCUUUUAUGUGUGUUACCGGUGGGAUUUUUUUUUUCUUCUUUUUUCUUCUUCCAAAAGCUACAGGAUUCAGGACAAAGAAAUGAUGUGUUAUGAUUUGGUCAAAUUGUGUUCAGAUAAUUGCCAAACUUCUCUGUGCCAGAUGGUGAUUAUAAAAUAGAGGAUGUUUCAGUCCUCAGUUACCUUUGCCUUGAGACAAUCUUAACAUAUUGAUCUGGGGUUCAACGCUGCUGCUCCCCAGCUAUAGCUAGGCUAGAAAAACGGGUUCUGUUUUUCUUCGUUAGGGCCCCUCAGGUCUGAUCUAAUGCUCUAAUGCCAGAUUCCUAAUUUGUUUAGUUUGUUUCUAAGUGCCAACCUGGCUUUGUUUUAAAUUGUUCUGUUUGUCGAUAGGCCUAGAGAAGAAAAAAAGACAGCUGAUGGACGCUUCAUUAGCAUUACGCAGCAUGUUCUAAAAAACAGUGAUAAGACUGAGAUCGGUAUUUGGGGGGAAAUGAUAGCAUAUGAUGUUACUGAAUUCAGUUUUUUUUCCAUUCCCAUUCUCCAAAUCCAGCUGCUGACUAUAAUUAAUACAGUACUAUAGAAAACAGGAAAGUGUUCAACCUCAGAUAAGCUACAGUACCACUCAGUUACCUCUCCCUCAUCACUACGCAAUACAGAUCUGUUACACACAGAUUGGUGGAUGCACUCAACUCAGUUUUCACCUUUAAACCUUUCUUUCUCCAUGUUUCUAUAUUUUGUUUGUUUGUUUGUUUUAUCUUGUUGUAAUAAGUGAACAAAAAGAGGUUUGUAUUUUGUAGAUUUUGUUUCCGUAUCGCUCUGACCGUGACGGAGCAUGUUAGAGUCGGCGGGACGCCAUUCGUAGGCAAAGAACAUUUUCAUGGCAAACGUCCAACGAAACGGAGUCGGGAAUGGAACCAAAUCCAGGACACAUGUACGUCUGCUAAAAGGAAUUUUUUUUUUCCCGAAACGCCACGGAAUGACUGUGAGAUUUCAGAGGAGAGCACUUUAAAUGUGGAGUCCAAUUUUUUUGUCCAAUGUUUGUUUGUUCGUUUCUGAGCAGAUGGUGCUAUGAUUCGACUUCAAGUGACAGAAGCUCUCGGGAACCAAAGGAACAGAAACGUAUCGUAGAUGUUAUACCUCUGAAACUCAGCGCAAGACCGAGGAAUCUAUUAUUAAAAAUAAAACGAGAGAGAGAGAGAGAUUACAUCCGUCACUUAAAGAUAAGAUUGUUUAUGUGGGAAGGGGGAUUUUUUCUUAAUUUUUUUUUUUGAAUAUCUAAUUAUAUAUCACUUAUGCAUAUAGAGACAACUUUUUGUAUGUGUAAAAAUAAGAAAAGAACGAAAAGAUUUGGUAAAGUGCAAGGCAAUUCAUCGGAUGGAUGGAUGGUGGGGAUUUUAUUUCUUUAAGGCUGUGAAUCACACGUGGUUGUGACCAUAAUUUUUUUUCCACCUUCCCUGAUGACUGGGAAGAACCUAGAAGAGAAACAGCUACUGAUUAUUUUCAAUGGAAUGCACCUCUUAUCCUCUUAAAAAAACAUUCAGGACUCCUCAAGACUUUUCUACCGUUUUCUGUCGCUUCCGUGAACGCAGGUCAACACCUCUUUAGAAAGAUAUCAGGAAAUCUGUCCAUUUUUUUGGAUGUUUACUCUCCACACUAAAAGCCGUUUAUUUUGACUUCCUUGGACCUUACGUUACUUUCAACUUCAGAAGUGCAGCAGAAACCAUCUCUGUAGUAAAGGCCUCAGAAGCAGUAGCAACACGAAAACGUUAUGAAACUGUGUGUACGUGCAGUGCAGUGUGCGUCAGUCAGGUUAAUGAAGAACACGCCAAUGUCGCGGGUCUCUUUUUUUACUCCAGCGCAACCUCAUGAGAACAGCCAAUGUAGAUUACAAAUUUCUAUGUUCAUAACCUAGUUUGACACGAUGUAAGCAGUUUUUCUUGUUUUUUGUUUGUUUAUUCCCUCCAUGUUUCAAGAUUGUUUAAUAUUAGCCAGUCCCGUAAUGGCAGGGUGGUGGUUAUAGUGACGGUGAUGGACAUAUCUCAGUCUCUGAUGUUUGUGCUUAUGUUUGUUUCUUUUCAGUACAAUGCAAAGGAUUUGUUUGUAUGGUCGAUCAUUCCCACAUGCAGAACGUUAUCAGAAGUGUAAAAUGUUAGGGCUAAUACUAAUGUGCAGUAUCACUUCAUAUUCAUCAGUGUCCAAAAAAAAAACCCUCAUUUUCGUCCAUCAAGCCUUUUUUUAAAGUUUUUUUAAUCUUUUUUACACUUUUUGAGAAGCCAAGGCUCUUCUUGGUUCAGUUACCUGUUUUUCUCUGACCUUCACCUUUUCAUUUGUAUCGUUUGCUUUGGAAGCUUUAAUCACAUAGGAGAAACACAUUAUCACAAUGUAAAUACUAGUGCUAUUUAAAGUUAAUAAUAAUCAGCACAGCUACUGCAGAUACAGACUGCAUUGACUGAGCAAGUCUUCUGUAUUAAACGCACACUCCAGUGUUACACGUCUUCACGUCGGACUUUACAGGAAAACCGAGCUGUCGCAAGAAAUUUCAGUGCGUUAUCCAAUCAGUAGGUGUCUUUAGACCCCAUUUACACCCGGAGUGUAUUCUGACCCAGAACUUUUUACCCACAUGCGUUCGUAGGGCAUGCUAGGAAAAAUCUUCACUCUGUGAAAUUUUGUUUCAAAUGUUUAGCUGUUUGCAUGUUGGUCAACCCAUCGAAUGGUGUAGCACUUUUUGAAUUCUCAGAAAGUCAACACAGCCUUUCUGACACUCAGUAUCUGACCCCGAACUGAUUAAGCUUAGGUCUGCUUGGCUGUGACAGUGUAUCCAGGAAGGUGUUCACAGUGAUGCUGACUGUGUGACUAAAUUACACUUAGCUAGCAAGGUUUUAGACAUCUUUAGAUCAUUUAUAAUAAAAUCUACAAUUGUUUUAUCUCUAAUGGUUUGCUAGUCUCCUGCAGCAGACUUUAACUAGUGAGAGCAUGAAUUCUCUACCUGCACAAGAAAAGACCAACCACAUUUCCAUCUCUCUAUUGACUGUAUUGUAGGUUGCUCAGAUAUUUGUUAAAAAUAUUUCUAUUUCCACUAAUCACUUGUGCAGAUGCAGUGAAAUGUGAAGGCCAAGUCAGAGUACAAUAUUUAAGAUUGUGAAGCUUGUGGCCAGAAUCAGUGUUCAAAAGAUGUUCACUGUAUGGAGCAUCUGAGUCUAAUGUUAGAGUCGUGUUGAGGCUCUGUAAUGUACAAAAUAUGUUCCAAACACUACAAGAUGCAAGUAAAGCAGUUCAUUGUCAAAUAAGAGCAUGAUCUGUGGACAUUAGUGAUCCUGUACGUUAGUUAGCUCUAUAUAUUGUUUGGAUAAUGCACUGAAAUGUUUUGCAGCUCCUCAUUCAGCAACUCCACUUACCUCAGAUUCUCAAUUUUUCUACCAGUAAGCUUGUGAAGUUUCCGUUGCAUGACUUUACUAUGUACUCAUCUAUUUAAAAAAAAAAAAAAACAUCAACAACCUGGGAACACUGAACGACAGUGCUGAGCCAUAUCGGACAGAUUUGUUCAGUCUUGUCUCGUCCCUCAGAAUAUUUUAGACAGGGAACAUAUUAGACGAGUCAAAUGCAAAGUUUUUCUAACAGAACAGCAGCACUGUUGAUUUGUGAGGCUGCGACAGAGACGCUUUUUUUUUUGGUCUCGUUUUUGCAGCCUCACGCUCUGUCUUUUAGGGGUGGGGGGGUUAAAAACAGACUCAGUUUGAAAUGUUACUUGUUAAGUUGCAUGUCUUUGUCAUUUGUGAUGGCCAAACAUUAGUCUGUUUAUAAGAAUGUUUCCAGUCAUCUAAACAUGUUGCACCAAUAUAUGCCAAAAUAAUGACUUUUUUUUCCCCCUUCAUAAUUUUGUCUUGCUAUAUUGUUUAUGUCCUGAAAGCAAUAUAGUCUAUAAAUAUAUUUCUACAUCUGUCUUGUUCAUGUUACCCUUAAUCAUACCUUAUAUAUUUUAUUUUACAUUAACAUGAAUUAAGCAUAUUUUUAAACUAAGGUAUUUUACUCUGGAUUAUUUAAGUUAAAAUGAUUAGUAGUGUAUUAGACAUCAAUUACACAUAUAUUUAAAUUUUAGACAUUUAUUGUAAUAACCAGAAUAUUGUUAAUAAUAACUCUGAAAGUAAUAUAAUGUAAGAAAACAAAUUAUUGCAAAUCCGACUUUUGCUCUCCCUUUGGAAAAGGUACAGAGAUGCGUGUGAUUAUUAGUGAUUUAUAAUGUGAAUGCGUCUUUUCACAACCACUGUUUCUUUCUUCCUCACUAGCAGAUUUUAAAUCCAUUCUCCUAAAAGGAAAUGAAGCACUUUAAGUGUUUAACUGUGAAGGAUUUAUUACAAUAUUCUAUAAAUGCCUGAUUAUACGAAGCCCACAUUGUGUGAUCUGUUAAACCCAAAAUUUCUAACAUGGAAAAAUAAACUUGUUUUAAUCCAAGCUACA